GUUGGAGCUUUGUGGGAAAGUGGUGUAAAAAACAACAUAGGAAAUGUGUAAAAUAAAAAUGCAGUAAGUGUGUAAAGAUGCAGAGAUCACGCAGCGUUUGCGGUGAAACGGGCCAUGUGCGCAAAGCCACAAGCGGAAGGCAAUGAUGGCGAUGGUGAUGCUCAUGAGCGCCUCGGAAGACGAACUCUCGCCCCGACGCACCGUGACUUAAUUGGCCGCAGCAGUGCCGCCCAAGUGCGCCGGUCGAGCUGCCCAGGUGCGGAGUCACCGUGCGUGAUGGGGAGAGAGACGAGGAGCCACGGAGGCAGAGGAGGAAAGGAUCCCAUGACGCCCACAGCUCCACAGUGACAUCACCGGCGCUGAAGAGGGCGAUGGGAGGCACCGCGCUUAUUAGAUUGAGUCCUGAGGUCCCGUUCACAAGUGGAGAUGCUGCUGCGCCGCUUUGAGCGACUCUGUGAUGUGUGACGGCGGAGCGGCUGAACCACAACAUCCCGGCGAACUUCAGAGGAAACGGGAGCGACACCGGAACAACUCCUCAGACGCACGGACCCAGAGUGGAUCGCGUCGCUCCCGGAGAAGCGGCGCGUUUUGCCGUGAUGGACCGCUUUGAAUACUGUGUCAUUUUAAGUCUGUUUUGAUUUUAAACCACCGCUGCGCCGCAAAUCGGAGGCAGUGGCCGGCUCUUUUACGCGCGUCUCCAAAUGAGGACGCACGGAGACCGCGCGGAGAGCGUUCACUGCCGCCGUGUCACAGCCGGUUCCGAAAGAGAUCAUUCCACGUGAACUGUCCUCAACUUCAAACCCGUCCUUCAAAUACCGAGGGGAAACGGCGCAAUGUGCUGAAGAAGUUUUGCUUCUUCUGACAGUAUUUUAAUUAGGCGGACGUUGACGCACAGCAGAGAACAUCACCAAAUAAUAUACGGGAAAAAGCCUCCGUGGCAGCGUGUUUUAACCGAAACACUGUGUGGCGACGUGUCGCGGUGCUCUGGACGGUUUUAUACGCUUAAAAUGGACUUGGAAGCGCUGCCGUGGAGGAUGCGAGGGAGCUAACAUCUGGAAACAUCACAGAGACGAAGCGACAACUAAGACUCCCGUGAAACCGAGCAUGGCCUCGCUUCCGGACAGCGGCUGCUCCGUGGAGCUGAGCGACUGGAACGACAGCGCGAGCGGCUCCGGCGCUUCGGUUCCCUGCAAUCAGAGCGUCGCGAAGCUCGCGCCCUACUCGCCCGAAGCCACGGCGGCCUUCGCCACCGCCAUCACCCUCAUGGUCCUCUUCACCAUCGUGGGAAACAUCAUGGUGAUCAUCGCGGUGCUGACCAGCAGGUCGCUCCGGGGGCCGCAGAACCUCUUCUUGGUGUCGCUGGCGGCUGCGGACAUUCUAGUGGCCACGCUCAUCAUCCCCUUCUCUCUGGCCAACGAGCUGCUGGGUUACUGGUACUUCAAGUCUCUGUGGUGUGAGAUCUACCUGGCGCUGGACGUGCUCUUCUGCACCUCCUCCAUCGUGCACCUGUGCGCCAUCUCUCUGGACCGCUACCUCUCCAUCUCCAGGGUGACCUACGGGCGCCAGCGGACUCCCAGACGCAUCAAAGCCGCCAUCGUGGUGGUGUGGCUCAUCUCCUCCGUUAUUUCCUUCCCUCCGCUGCUGUCGCUCAACAAGAGCGAGGCGGGCGAGCUGGGCCGCGAGCGCGGGCCCCAGUGCCAGCUCAACGACGAGCGCUGGUACAUCCUCUACUCCACCAUCGGCUCCUUCUUCGCCCCCUGCCUCAUCAUGAUCCUGGUCUACGUGCGAAUCUACCAAAUAGCCAAGCAGAGGACGCGCUGCCCGCCGGGGGAGCCGCGCAAGGAGGGGGUCGGCUGUGCCGCGCCGAGCCAGCCGCCACGGCACGUGCAGGCCAACGGGAGGGACGAGGAGGAGAGCACCCCCCCCUCCUCCAACGCCAGGCCCCCCACCCUGGCCAUCACCCCCUCCCCCGCCCCAGGGGACUCUCAAACCUCCCACCACCCCACGGCCAACAACCUCCUGCAACCCCCAUCCCCGUCUCCGGCCGCGACCCCCGUCACGGCGCCCGCCGACCCCCCCCAGCGCGUCCCCGUGCCUCCGUCGGCCCCCGCCAAGAGCAAGGAGGCGGCGAAGAGGGGCAAGCGGGCGGCGGGGGGGCGCAGAGCCGACAACAACAACGGCGACAGCUCCAGCAGCGAGAGCGACAUGGAGCACAGCCACGGAGGGGGCGGGGGCGGGGGCGGCGGCGGGGGCGGCGCGCCCGCGGGCGGCGGCGUCCACUCGCCGGCCUCGGCCAAGCGCUACCGCGACAUGAUGGCCACGUCCAAGGGGGCGCGGCUGGUGCCGGGCCGGAGGUCCAAGACGGAGGCGGCCCCCGGAGCGGCCAGGCGCAAAGCCAUGGUGAACAGGGAGAAGCGCUUCACCUUCGUCCUGGCCGUGGUCAUCGGGGUCUUCGUGGUGUGCUGGUUCCCGUUCUUCUUCUCCUACUCCCUGCAGGCCGUGUGCCCAGAGACCUGCUCCAUCCCCGACCCCCUCUUCAAGUUUUUCUUCUGGAUCGGUUACUGCAACUCCUCCCUCAACCCCGUCAUUUACACCAUCUUCAACAAGGACUUCAGGAAGGCUUUCAAAAAGAUACUGUGCAGAAGCACCAAGGGGACUUUCUUUUAGCGUAGGACUCCGCCGUACAGGACACGAGGACAGAGAAAAACAAUCGAUUCCUCGUUUUCCAACAUCCAAAGGGCUGUUUUAAAAAUGUGUUGAUCUGUCAAAAUGGCAGCGUUGUGUUCAGGACUGUCAGUCGCUGGUUUGAUGUUGACGGAAGCUAAGGUUCCAGCGUGCAGCUGAUAAACAUGCACGGUCACAGGCUGUGGGCGAGCGAGGGAUGAAGGCAGAGCGGGACUCACAAUGCAAACUUUAACACAGACACCGCUGAACCAGGCGUAAUCCUGUGAGACGGACUGGGACGUUACAGAAGGAAGAUGCACACGUGCUCGUAAAACCGGGAGAACGUCUCAGCAGGUUGUGGAGAGUGAACUCCAAUGAGCAGAAUACAGAUGUAGAAUCUAUUAGACGCAGGGUUCUGUAGGAACGCCGUAAAAAAAAAGAAGGAACCAACGAGAGCCUAGGGAGCUGCGGUUAUUGCACACAACUCAAGGAGUACACAAGGUUAGUGGUUCUUUUCUACGUCCGCAGCCCUAAUUUGCCCGGCCGCAGGGCAAACAUGUGUUCUUUGAUCCGUAUCUAAAAGCGCAGCAACAAGAAAAGAAGGUUUCUGCUGAUCUCCGGCGUGAUAGCGCAGACAAGGGCGGCCUUUCAAAGCCGGGCCGCGGACGCACUUCCUGUCAGACACCUCGCUCUCGGCCCCCGUGGACACUCAGGUCGUUUGUAGUCACUCGCCAUCAGACCCCCCCCCCCCCAGCAUCCGAUGGGAGGUUCACCUGCAGACUCCAACAGCCCUUCUUAUCACGUGCCCUGACUUCCACAUCCACAUCAGACGACGACGGACACGCGACGCGACCGCGUUGUGUGAUGUGGCCCUUAAUUACACCCGCGUGGGUCACUCUGACAAGAACGUGGGUGACUCACGCUCUGCCAACGCCUCUGGCACGCCAUCGCCUGCGGUGGAGCUCUACACGGCACGUCUUGUGUAUUGUUGGGAGGCCGAGUUGAUGAAUGCUGCUUUUUUUUCCACCAAGAUACUGAGUCUCUGUCAGAUUUCUCAAAAAAAAACAAAACACAAAAUUGUGUCUGUGACUGUGAACAGCACAGAGGAUUAUUGACUCAUGGGACAAGGGCUGUCAGCAGCGACACUUCAGUUUACUUAUUGUGUGAUUCUGCUGACCUGUGCGAAUGCGUGUUGUGUGUGCGUUGUGGCGUUACCGGUUCCUUUGUGCCGCCGCCUCUGGCUGCUCCAAACCGCAGGUCUGCUGUGGUCUCGACAGGAGCCCAGACUCACAAGUGCAGGCACCACGUUGUCGUGUGAAUUUCUUUCAUUUUGUGGAGAGAUCAGCUGUUCGUCGUUGAGUUGAGGAAGUCUCAUUGAGCUGAAAUCAGUGUUUAUCAGUGAUCAUCUGCACUGGGCUUUUUAGUGAUCAAGGGACCAAAGAGCCUUAUAGGAAGCAGCCCGAUUCAGUGACAUCCGGCUCUGUGCUACUUUAAUUAAACAUUACUUCAUAUUUGGGGUGUGUAACAGCAGGCGAAGACUAAAAACACUGUAAUAUUUAUUUCAGACAAUUUUGUGUUUUCUGUUUGUACCUAUUUAUUGUUCAGUCGGUGUGCUUUUAUUCUGAAAGUCGGACAAAGUGGAGUCGAUCACAGGGCAAGAACACUGUAUAGGUUUCUAUUAUCUCGAAUAAGAACAAAAUGGAUUCAUGCCAUCAAGCUCCUGCUUUGUGAGGCCGACCUGUAUCUGAGCGUAGGGUUUUUACUUGUGUUGAACUGCGAGAACAUAAACUUUGAGUUACGCGCACAACGCUGAAUCCACAACGCAAUAUUCAUCACUGUUUGAUCUGGUUAUGGCGGUAAAAGGGCUCCGCUCGGGCAGAGACACGAGCACGUGCGCGGCCUCUCCUCGUCCGCGCCUUCUCCUGAAAGAGCAAUCAAACAGGAAAAUGUCAAUAGUUCCCGUUGCCAGUUUCAGUCGGGUGAUUUGCAGGCUUUGUGCAGGACAUUAAGGCCACAACUCACGCUGCCAGAGCUGCUCGGAGAUUCGGGUAACUGAUUAAACAGACUGGUUGAGGGAGACGCACACAGCUGUUCCCUGCCCUCGACUCAAACGGCUGUUUGCGCUCCAAAAACGCAAACAGCAACUAUCAUCGCAAUCGAAUCACAUCAAGGAGCCACAGAGGUCAUGGAUCUGUGUGUGUUUCUACUGCCUACAGUAUGAGUUGUGACGCUGCUCGUGUGCCCCAGUCAUUGCUUUAUGUGGUGAUGCUGCUGCUUUGUAUGACUUGGCUUAAAGGUGACAGAUGCAGAAAUCUGCCUGAUUAACAUCCCUUCCCCUCAAACCUCCUGUAUUGUCUGUUCCCCCGACUGUGUUUGGAACCAACGGCACAGUCUGAGCUCCACAAUCUUUUAUCUCCCAUCUGUCCUCAUCCCUCUCCGGUUUGGAAAUAAAGCUAAUUGAAAAACCUUGA